UAUGUAAGUUAUUUUUAUUUUAACUUAUAAUCCAAAUAGGCCACAUGAGCUGUAUUCUAUCUGUCCCAGUUCACAAUUGUCACUGUGCUGCUACAAGGAUCUGAGAGACUGUAUUGUGAAUACAUUCAAAUUACUAUUACACUAGCGCUCACUCCACCCACCACCAAAUCUUAAAUCACAGGUACGAAGUAAAACUCUCUGCUAGUGUUCACACUCGACAGUAAUAAAUUUUGCUGCUACUUAAGCAUCAGUUUGCACAAUAUAUUGAAGAGCUUUCUGGUUUAUGUUAGCUUCCAACAAUGGCUGUUGUGACUGCUAAGCUACUAUCUGCUUGCAUCAUUGCCCUCAUUGCCAUUUCCAUGCUUCAAACAAUGGUUGUGGCAUCCCAUGGACAUGGAGGUCACCACUACUAUGACAAGAAAAAAUUUGGACCUGGAAGUCUCAAGAACUACCAAUGCCCUUCGCAAUGCACAAGGAGGUGUAGCAGGACCCAGUACCACAAGCCCUGCAUGUUUUUCUGUCAGAAGUGUUGUAUGAAGUGCCUGUGUGUCCCCCCGGGGUAUUAUGGGAAUAAAGCAGUGUGCCCUUGCUACAACAACUGGAAGACUAAGAGAGGAGGACCCAAGUGCCCUUAACCUCUUCUUCCAUCAAGUUAACAACAAAGUUAUAUAGCUUUAAUUUCCAUAAAAUGUAAUGUCUCAAUUAUUCAAAAGAUAAAAUUUUGAAUGUAAUUUUAAUGUGUUUACUUCAAUAAUUAAUCUACAUCAGCUUUCAUGGUUAA